UUUUUUUUUUUUCUUUCUUUUGCAUUUACUAUUACAUAUAUAUUUUUUAAUAUAAUUCCUUUUGUAUUCUUAUAAAACGAAGUCUUGUUCGCGCAAUGUUGCAUCUCGACAUUUUCUUCGCAACAUUGCUGCAGCAAAUACGCGUGGUGCUUGAACGAAGUAGAUGACUAAUAUUGCAACUAUGUUGAUUUUCGCCAUGAUGCUUCACAACAUUGUUACAAUGUUUCCAAUAAUAAAAGACAUAUGUAACGAUGAUAAAGUAGAUAUGCAACCUUGCGACAGUGAUAUUUUUCGCUAUCUGGCUUCGUAACACUGUCACAAGGUUACCCUCUAGAGACAAUUUUAAAAACUUAAUUUAUAAUAUUUUAUAUUUGAAAGAAGGGUGCCGAGUAAAGAGUAUUAGCAAGCUGCCGGCGGUUCCUUAUCAGGGUGUCAGGUAUCCGUAAACAAGGUCUUGCUUCUCAUAGCGAGUCUUGUCGACGAAAAGAGAUUAAAAUAUAAUAGGCAGUGUUGCCGAAUACUAAUUGAAUUUUAAAUGGUUGCAUUGAAGCAACUAAAUAUGUAACAAUCCACCGUGGAAAUUCCGUUUUCCGUCCCGGAGAACUCGAUACUCUUCACUCGUAACCUGAUAAUGGCACAAAAAUUUUUUCAUUUCUUAAAUCUAUUUUCCAUUGAAGGAUUAGUCAGUUAAUACAUUAUGGCAACACAGCGUAAGCAUGGUGUUUCUUAUUGUGUGACUAAUCCUUAAUACGUUAACAAAGGUUUAGUUUCGCAUCCGCUGUAGCUCAAAGUCGUCGACGGCAGUUCGCGAAAGAGUUAGUGCAAAGAAGGAUAUAAAUGUAGUGUAAUUGUAGUUAAACGUUAAAGGGACUUAUUAUUUGAGUUUUAUUUUAUAUUCUCAACGAAGGAGAGACAAGGAAAAGAAAACUGUGAAUAAAAACUGUGAAAGCGAGUGAAGUGCUAAAAGUCUUCCUUUCCUUCUCUUCUAUCAGGAAGAAGUAUACGAGUGAUUGGGUGGAAGCGCUGUGACAUACGGAUUGCCGUUGGUAAGUUUUUUUUUUUUUUUUUUUUUUUUUUUUUUUUUUUUUUUUUUUUUUUUUUUUUUACAUCUUGUAAUUGUUUCUUUUAGAGCAUAGAAGUGUAACAUAAGUAUUGAAGUUGCGCAAAAUUAAUAAUUUUUUUUUUUAAAAUACAGAAGCUACAGCAGAUUUAUUGACUUGUGUUUUGAAAUUAUUUACAAAAAAUGGUUCUCAAAGCAUUGUUGAUUUUCAUUUGUUUUACAAAUUUUGACAAAUAUAUUUUCCAUGCUGUAAAUAAAAAUAAUUUAUUGAAACUAUUUAUCAAUUAUAUAUUAAACUUUCAGAUUAUAAAUAUAACAUUAGAAUAAAUUGAGAUAAUAGUUUAUUAUUUUUAUUUCGCUUUGCGAGUUCGAAAAAAAAAUACACAAAUGUCAGUUACGCAUAUUUUUAGAUGUAAAACAGUUUUAUAAAUAAAGUAAUAAUUCGCAAUUUUUAAUAAGUACCAAAUAUUUCCAGAGUAACAGGUUAAUGAGUUAUUGUCUGUCUGGUUAUUACCUGCCAAAUAAUACAUAUAGAUACAAAAACAAAGAAAUAAUUCUAUGUUUAUCGAAAAAGCUUCGGAGAUGACAAUGUUUUAUUUUUUAUUUUUUAAUAAAUUUUUUUUUUAACAUAAUUUAGAAGCAUUAAAAUAUAAUUAAAAAAAAAUUAGUUUUCAGUAAAUUAUGAUUAUAUUUUAUCACAAUUUUAUUUUAAAACGCUAAUACUCAAAAGAAUUCAAAUAUUUAGAAAAAAAACAAAGGCUUCAGAGAUGACAUUAUUUUAGCAGUUAUUUUAAUUUUAUUUAAUAAAACUGCUUAAUAUUUUAUAUUUAUAUUUUCUCUUUUUUUUUUUAUUUUACUUUUUUUUUUUGAAAUUAUUUUCCUUGAUUAAUUUUGCUGUAAGGGUGAAUGUAUAAAAUCUUCCUUUCGGGUGAGAUGAGAUUUCGAAUGGAAUUCUUUGUAUUUCUCUCUGCAACUUUAUUUUCUCAUUAGGCUGAUAAUUUAUGACGCCCGAGUGGGGGGUCGGUAGCCGUGAGCGCGUUCAGUAUCGUCGGGACGUGACAAAUUCUCGAAAACGAUACAAUGCGCUUUUCUUAGAUCUUAAGUGGUCUGUUUCCUGUUUAGAUUUUAAAUACUUAACUGUGACGUAGUCCACUAUCUUAAUGGGAAAAGAGCCACGAAAUUUGUUUCUCUUAACUGCAUUCAGCUUUGAAAAAAAAACGAAAGCAGUUAGUCUAAGACAAAUUGUCGUGUCGUUCAUUUUUUCGGCUUAUAUCAAAUGGAGGGAAGAUCCACAAGAUCGAAAGGUGCCACUCUCGUUUUAUCGACCUUCCAGCAGUAAGGACAACCGUCCGGAUCUUUACGAGCUUUACAAAAAUUUGGAUGUCCGCUAUUUUAAUGGGGAAUUGAAACGGGCGGGAUUUACCGUAGACUGGGGGCAGAAUAUGAGGAGGACUUCCGGGUUCACAGAUACGAAAAAGAGAUACAUUCGUAUCAGCUGGGAGAUUCACAGCUUGCUACCGGAAGAAGAUCUUAUGGCGACUCUCCUACAUGAAAUGAUCCACGUGAAGUGCUUCCAGCACAAGUGGGAUGCUAGCAGUCACUGGCAUUGUGGCAAGUUUGUCGAAGAAAUGGAGAGGAUAAAUAAGAUUGGGCCCUACAAGGUGGUUCUUAGUCACGAGCUGCCGGAAAAAGUUUAUGAGAAGUUGCAUCCGCACGAGUGGAAAUGCCGUAGUUGCGGUUACAUUCUUCAAUUGACGACUCGCACAAUACCAGGUCCAAAAAACCAGCAUCCCACAAAAAAAAUUAAAAGUUGCAAGAAUCCCUUGUGGAAAAAAUUGUAGGAGAAGAUGCAACCUUUUCUCCGCGUUGCCAAGGAUGGCACCUUUCGAAGGAUACCAGACCACUGAGGACGUCCUUAGCCGGACUUUAAAAGAGGUGGAGGAAGAAAGGAACCGCGCGAUGAAAGGGGGGUGCCCCGAGCUACGCCCCGGCACGAGUACAGUUUAGGACAGGUGUGCCCGUUCCGUCGCUGCGCCAAUUUCCCUCUUUCUUUUUUUUUUAAGAGAAAAAAAAAUUAAAGAUAAAAUAAAAUAAAUAAAGAAAAUUUCACAAUUACAAUUUAAAGGGUUAUUAGGCCCUCUUAUGAUAAUGACAUUUCACUUCCUUUUUUUUUUUCGAAUAAAUGAGUUUUGCAUCUAAUAAAAUGUUUAUUGCUUAAUUAUAGCGACCUUG